GUCAUUGAUAAAAAUAAUCGCGCCAGCCGGGUCAGAGUCAAUUCAACACCUAUAAUUAUACGAGUAAAACCUUGUACAGAUUAUUCAGUAUACUCCGCGAGCAUCAAAAUGGUUAAAGCGAAAAAGUUUGUGUUAAGGAAAAUCUUCGAUGGUUUCCCUAAAAAAGAAGACAUGAGUUUGGAGGUGGAGGAGUUGCCUCCUUUGAAAGAUGGGGAAUUUUUGGCUGAGGCUGCGUAUUUGAGCGUGGAUCCUUACAUGAGGGCGUACGUUAAACCAGAGACUUGGGUGUUCUCAGAAGAAGCUUUCAUAGGAGGACAGGUGGCGAAGAUUAUCGAGAGUAAAAAUCCGAAAUUUCCCGUGGGAAAAUACGUGGUAGGUAGCUUCGGGUGGAGAACACAUACAAUAUCUAAUGGAAACGCUACACUAGUAUCAACCCCUACAAUUCUAUUGCCGGAUAUUGGAGACUUACCAGUUUCAGUGGCUCUUGGUGUAUUAGGGAUGCCUGGAAACACUGCUUAUUUCGGUUUACUGGAAUUAUGCCAGCCGAAACCGGGAGAGACAGUGGUAGUUUCCGGUGCAGCAGGUGCAGUAGGGAGUUUGGUAGGUCAAAUAGCCAAAAUCAAAGGGUGCACCGUGAUAGGAAUCGCAGGAUCCGAUGAAAAAGGCAAGUGGUUAACCGGGGAAUUAGGAUUCGAUCAUUUUAUCAACUACAAAACUGACGAUGUACAGUCGAAGCUCAAAAAAUUAGCCCCGAAAGGUGUAGAUUGUUAUUUCGAUAAUGUUGGUGGAGAGUUGAGUUCUAUAGUAAUAUAUCAAAUGAACAAAUUCGGUAGAAUUUCCGUUUGUGGUUCCAUCGCAAACUACAAUGACACCAAAAGAUCACAAGCAAGUGUGAUUCAACCGCCGGUGGUUUCCCAACAACUAAAAAUGGAAGGUUUCAUAGUGACAAGAUGGAUAAAUCGUUGGAUGGAAGGCAUCAAUCAAAACAUGCAGUGGAUCAAAGAGGGCAAACUUAAAUACGAAGAAACAGUUACAGAAGGAUUCGAGAACAUGUUCGAAGCUUUCACCGAUAUGUUGAAAGGAAAAAACGUGGGUAAAGCCGUCGUAAAAGCUUAAAUAAAACAGUAUUAAACAGUGCGUUAUUUGUCUUCAUAUUUUUUUCGCGAUAAAAAUAAAACGUCGAGAGCGAAAACGACAUAAUUUAAAAGAUGGAUCCGCGUGUGUAUGUAUAUAAAGUAAUAUAAAAUUCCA